AUGAUAAUCGGAUUGUUUGUUGCAAAUAGCCUGACAGGACAGAUGGUAUCCCGAAUGACGAGAACAAUGGCUGUGUCGAAGAUAGAGCAUUUCAUACUUGACUUUAUAAGUUCUGGCGUAUCUGCAAAUGGGGUUUUAGCCAAGGGCUUUUACAAGUAUGUUUACAAUGUUGCUGACUCGACUUACUAUGUUGUGAUCACAAGCAUGGGAUUCAACAGUGCAAAAGCCCAAUGGAUUCUGGACAUUCUGCAGAAAAACACCAACGGAGACAUAGUGGAUGCUCUGGUGACUAUGGAUAACAUUCUUUAUGGGCAAACGACAUUUGAUGCCAACAUUGCGUUGAUAAAGAGCAUGGACAGUCAGGAAGAAAAGAUUCAUGAUCUGAUGAUGAAGAACAAGAGCAAGGAGCUUAUCCAGAAGCAAAAGGAGUUCCAAAGAAGGCCUAUUGGAGACAUUGACCGAGAACUUGAGAGAGUCAAAAACCUUGAGAUGGAAAUAAGGAAUGAGAGUAUACAACAACUCAAGAGCAUUGUGAAGACGGGAGGCAAUCCUGUUAAGGAAAAAAGGAGGGAGCUAGAGAUAUCGAUGAGUCCGGUGUUUAUUCUGUUCAAGGAGAGGCUUAGAAUGGUGAUUGAUAAAGAGAAUAACAUUAAGAGCGGAGAGGUUCAAGGAGACAUGAGCAUCACCAUAAACGAGGAGGAGUACAAGGACAUAGAGAUCAAGCUUGGAGGCGUGGAGAGGGAUAUGAAGUUCAGUCCUAAUCUCGAUAAGUCUGUUACCAAUGAGGGGAUACUCAAAUGUGAAAAAGGGUUUCCUAUUAGGAAGAAUGUGGCUCUUGUAAAGUGGAAGGGAUCUGGGAUCCAGGACCCACCCAUCACGUUUACAUUUUGGCCUAGUGAGACUAGUCUCAAUGUAUAUCAGAUAAUGUUUGAAUACACGGCAGAGUGCAAUAUGAGGGACUUGAGUGUCUUCUUUUCUAAGGCCAGCAUUUCGAACAUCACGAUUAAUGGAGAGGCGAAGGAAAGAGACUCUCACAUAGAAUGGAAUAUUGGGGAUGUCGACAAGGGCACAUCGGACACGCUGGAGUUUAGCUGUACAUGCACAGAUCCCUCAGAGAUCUUUCCUUUGGAGAUAUAUUUUACUUCUGAUUUUGUUCUUACAAAGCUAUUUGUAGAGAAUGUAACGAGGUGUGGCGAAGAGGUUGAUGAAUUAGAGAUCAAGAAAGUUUUUGAGGUUGAUAAGUUCACUGUAGUUGAUGAAUAA